AUGGCGAAGAAGACAUCGGCCAACUCGCGGAGGAGGCCAAUUGAUGUGGUGGACGCGAAAGUGGCGGUGGAUCUCGCGACAGCGCAGACAUACUCAGAAAAUGUCUUUCUGUUCGUGCCCAAUCUCAUUGGAUACUCGCGCGUUGUUCUUGCUGCGAUGGCAUUGCAUUACAUGAAUUAUCAUCCCAAGUAUUGCACGCUUGCCUAUACGGUAUCGUGCUUGUUGGACGCUUUCGAUGGACAUGCUGCAAGAGCAUUAGGACAGACAUCAAAAUUUGGGGCGGUGCUAGACAUGGUCACUGAUCGGUGCACGACGUCGGCGUUGCUGUGCUAUCUCGCAUCUGCAUACCCUGCUUAUGCUAUUGUCUUCCAAAUUCUCAUUUCGCUUGACUUCAGCAGUCAUUAUAUGCAUAUGUACAGCUCCCUUGUCACUGGUUCGCGCAGUCAUAAGAUAGUAACCAGCGAAGUGAGUCGCAUAUUGUGGUUUUACUACAAUGAUCCUCGAGUGCUAUUCGUAAUAUGCGCGGGUAACGAGCUAUUCUACGUUGCUCUCUACCUCAUGAAGUGGGUCAACACACCACUAUCAACGUCGCUUGGCUUGUCCGUGGGCUAUCUGGAACCUUACACUUGGGCGGAAGUCAUGGCUAUGUUAUGCUUCCCCGUGUGCGCGCUCAAGAAUGUAAUCAACGUCAUUCAAUUGUGGAAAGCGUCGAAGAUCCUCGUUGGUGUGGAUCUUGCGGAGAGAGCACAAGCCAGAGAGGAUGCAAAACGAUCGUGA